AUGGCGUCGAUGGCCAGCCAGCCUUCUUCUCGUGCACUCAAUGCUAUCUUGCCACUCAUAACAGCCGGACAGUCCUAUGAAGCCCAUCAGAAAGCGCGGACCUUCGCGUCCAGGUACAACAAGUCGGGCCAAUAUGACACAGCGAUCGACGUCCUGUUCCAAUCCGCGCGGGAGCUGCUGAAGGCGGGGCAGCAGGGUAGUGGUACGGAUCUGGCGUCGUUUAUGCUGGAUGUGUAUGAGAGUAAGGGCGAGAAUGUCAACGAUGAAAGUCGAGGCCGUAUCACACAACUCAUCGCAUUGGCUGGCUCUUCUGGUACUUGGAGAAAGACCAUCAUUGACAAGGCUAUCGCUUGGUCAGCGAAACACGGACCUUGUCCAGCUGGCGAUGCUAAACUGCAUCACUACAUCGGCGAGCUGCUCUACAGAGAGGAGGCGUUUGAGCAGGCAGAACCGCGUUUCCUCGCCUCGGGACAACGCGAUAGCGCUCGACUCCUCGCGCAGAUGUUUGCUGAGUGGGCAACCACAGGCGGCACCGCGGGUGCAUUCGCAUUGCGAGGGUCCAUACCCUACCUUCUCAAUGGCAACAUCCUCGCCGCGCGAACGUUCAUUACGCACUUCGUAUCCCAAAUUACGUCCAAGCGACCUGAACUAGUGUCCACGCUCCAACCAACACCUAUACCGAUCAGGAUUAGCAAGGAGGGCCAGACAGACGAGAUCAUUUUCUCGACAGAUUCUGUGCUGAAUUUCGCUCAGCUUGCCGUGCUGACGUGCCAACGCGCCCAGGGUGCACAGAAUAAAGCCAUGCGGGAGGCAUGGGUGCGACUCUGUGGAACAUAUCAAAGCAAGGGCGGGCUCAUGGCCACCAGGAAGUUCGAAAGGCCGGCACUGAUCGAGCUAGCGGAGCUCUACUUCGCCAUCCCGCCUCCAAGGACACAAGCCGCCAAUCCUCUGGGGGACAUGCUGUCGGCCAUGUUCGGUGGCGCUGCCUCGCCCGCCCCACCCGCGCGGAGGGUGUUGUCCCCGCCACCUGCGACGAAAUCGCCUGGACUGGACUAA